AUGGCGUACGUGCCCGGCCUCACCUUUCCCGCCUCCAUCUUCUCGAGCGCCCCAGCUUCGAUCCUGCUUCCGCUAGGUUUGGGUCUGGGAGCUGGCCUGAUCUCCCAGCCUGGGAAAGUCACCCCCAAGAAGUUUUCGGACGCUGCGGCGAAAGAACGAGGGAAGUUCCGGAGCACCGAGGAACAAUACGUCGCUCUAAAGCAGCCCCCAUUCAGACCACCACCCUGGGUCUUUGCGCCAGCCUGGACUACUUUAUAUUUGACAAUGGGCUAUGCCGCUCACCGAGCCUGGACAACGGGCAUGGCCAGCAUGAGCCCGCAGAUUGUGGAAGAUACAAGAAGAGCUGCUACAUUAUACACCCUGCAACUGGGCUUAAACGUCGUCUGGAUGCCUGUCUUCUUCGGCCUGGGGAGGCCAAUUGAAGCCAUGCUUGACAUCCUGACCCUGACGGGCACCGUGGGCUAUCUUGCAUAUGUCUGGCACAAGGUUGACAAGACUGCUGCCUACCUGAUGGCACCGUACCUCGCCUGGUUGGGGUUUGCGACCUAUUUGACCGCUGGCACUGGCUACCUGAACGGGUGGACGCUCACGACCUCCGACCGGAUUCAGGAAGAACUGGAGGUAAAAGACUCGUGA